AUGGAUUCCAGGCUGCUGAUUGGACCGGGAAUCCCCACAUCGGACCCGACGGCCCGGGCACCCUGGAACAUCAGCUCCAUAAGUCCGCACCGGCUCAUGGAGCUGUCUCCAGUCGCUACAGCUGGUUCCAUAAUUCCAAGCCACCCAUUUCCAACGGUCGACGUCCCAGACCACGCUCACUACACAAUUGGUGUUGUCAUCCUGGCCGUGGGCAUCACAGGCUUACUGGGAAACUUCCUGGUCAUAUAUGCUUUCUGCAGAAGCCGGAGCUUGCGGACGCCAUCAAACAUCUUUAUCAUUAACCUGGCAGUCACAGACUUCCUCAUGUGUCUCACCCAGACGCCCAUCUUCUUCAUUACCAGCAUGCACAAGCGAUGGAUCUUUGGAAAGAAAGGUUGUGAGUUGUAUGCCUUCUGUGGGGCGCUGUUUGGUAUCUGCAGUAUGAUGACACUGAUGGUGAUUGCGGUGGACCGAUAUGUGGUGAUCACCAGGCCUCUGGCCUCCCUGGGGUUGAUGUCUCACAGGAAAGCCCUGAGCAUCGUGGCUGUUGCCUGGGUCUACUCCAUGGGCUGGAGCCUUCCCCCCUUCUUUGGCUGGAGUGCAUAUGUCCCAGAGGGUCUGAUGACGUCUUGCUCCUGGGACUACAUGACGUUUACCCCUUCUGUCCGCUCCUACACCAUGCUGCUCUUUACCUUCGUCUUCUUCAUCCCUCUCUCCAUCAUCAUCUUCUGCUACUGCUGCAUCUUCAGGGCCAUCCGACACACAACACGAGCGAUAACAAAAAUCAACUGUGAGGGAACGAGAGACUCUGCAAAAAGGUUCCAUAGGAUGAAGAGUGAAUGGAAAAUGGCCAAGAUUGCACUCAUUGUCAUCCUGCUCUUUGUCAUCUCCUGGGCCCCUUACUCCUGUGCAGCCCUUACUGCGUUCGCUGGGUACGCUGACAUGUUGACUCCCUAUAUGAACUCUGUUCCUGCUGUGAUCGCCAAAGCAUCUGCUAUCCACAACCCCAUCAUAUACGCUAUUACGCAUCCAAAAUACAGGUCAGCACUCAGCAGGUAUAUUCCCUACCUCGGUGUGUUGCUGUGCUUUACUGGCAGAGACCGUUUCAGCAGCAGCAGCUUCCAGUCCACCCGCCGCUCAACCCUCACCAGCCACUCAGAGAACAAAUGCAAGCCCCGCCAUUCCUCCCAGUCUGAGAGCGAAUCAGCCCGCUUCUCAGACACGGAGGAGGACUGCUCGUCGCGGGCGCCUGUCACUCGUCAGUUGUCAGGCGAUGUCAAACAGGUGCGCCAUGCCAGCCAGAGGUUAAAGGUGAGAGGUUACAACACGGGAGAGUUUGAGAGAACUGCCACCCACAACCCCACUGACCCGGCCAUAUGUCACCUCUCACAGAUCACUACUCUGACAGAUCAUGAAGACAUCUCCAUGUCGGACAUCAGUCUGCAGCCAACCAGUCAUCUGCCUGCUACUCUGGAUAAUGUGAUGGAGGAGUCUGGGCCAACGACUGCGUGUAAAACAAUGCCAUCCGUCAUUGUCACUUCCAUCUCCAGCCCAUCUAUACUGCACAGUCCCCCGGGUUUUCAUGGCAACUACAAAUUGACCAAAACUUACAGCCCGAUUGCCAAAGAGCCCCUUGACAUAGCCAGGCUGGGGACAACAGCAUUACAGUGA